CCAACCAAGCCUUAUGAUGUGAUGUGAGUGCUUGCAUGGAUCAUGUGAUGUGAUGUGAUUUAACUCGUGCGAAUUUUGAACGCAUUGAGUUGAAUGAAUCAAAAAAAGAAGAAAGUAACUAAACGACAAGGACGUUACAAAAAUCUGUUCUGAUCCAAUUCCAACUCAAUUGGUAGGUAUAGUAAUCCUAUGACACAGCUAAAAGCCCAACUUCAUACUGUUGUACAUCACACUUUUUCUCGGAUCAAAUUCCAAGUCUCAUAACCAUGGCCGAAGCAACAAAGAGGUAUGCAGUUGUUACAGGGGCAAAUAAGGGGAUUGGAUUUGAAGUAGUGAGACAGUUGGCUUCAAACAGGUUCAUAGUGGUCCUGACAGCAAGAGAUGAGAAGAGGGGUCUUGAAGCUCUUGAGAAACUGAAAGACGCUGGUCUUUCUGAUCAGGUGGUUUUUCAUCAGCUUGACGUGUCUAACCCUGCUAGCAUUGCUUCUCUCGCAGAUUUCAUCAAAGCCCAGUUUGGAAAACUCGAUGUCUUGGUGAACAACGCUGGGAUUAGUGGAGUCAAAGCAAAUGCUGAUGUUGAGGCAGGAGCUAAUCCGCGUAAACCGACUCAAAAUGCUGAGUUAGCAGAGGAAUGCUUGCUAACAAACUACUAUGGUGCUAAAGGAAUGGCCGAAGCACUCAUUCCUCUCCUUCAAUUGUCCAGUUCACCAAGGAUUGUUAAUGUCUCAUCCUCCAGUGGGAAGUUGGAGAACAUACCAAACGAAUGGGCUAAAAGAGUGCUGGGUGACGCUGAAAACCUGACAGAAGAGAAAGUGGAUGAGGUAUUGAAGGAGUUUAUAAAAGAUUUCAAAGAAGGGUCGGUAGAAGCCAAAAAGUGGCCUACUUUUCUUUCUGCCUAUACGCUCUCGAAAGCAGCCAUGAAUGCCCACACAAGAAUUCUAGCCAAAAAGUACCCAAAUUUCUGCAUCAACUGUGUCUGCCCUGGCUUUACCAAAACAGAUAUAAAUGGCAACGCUGGUGUCUUGCCUGUCGAAGAAGGUGGUGCGAGUCCUGUCAGGUUAGCCCUCCUGCCCGAUGGCAGUCCUUCUGGCCUCUUCUAUUUUCGCCAAGAGGUGUCUUCGUGUGCAGUUGUGACAGGAUCAAAUAAGGGGAUUGGGUUUGGAAUAUGCAGGCAGCUGGCCUCAAUUGGGGUCGUGACGGUGUUAACUGCUAGAGAUGAGAAAAGGGGCCUUGAAGCUUUUGAAAAGCUCAAAGAAUCUGGACUAUCUGAGUAUGUUGUAUUUCAUCAGCUUGAUUUGGCUGACCCUGUUAGCAUUGCUUCUCUCGCAGAUUUCAUCAAAACCAAAUAUGGGAAGCUUGAUAUAUUGGUUAACAAUGCAGGGAUUGCUGGAGCUGUAACAGAUGGUGAUGCUUUGGCAGCUUCUGGUGUUGGUAAGGGAGGAGAUAAUUCCAAAAUCGAUUGGAGAAAAAUAGUGUCUCAAACUUAUGAGUUGGGUGAAGAGUGCCUUAAAACAAACUACUAUGGCACCAAAAGAGUGACUGAGGCACUGCUUCCCCUCCUCCAGUUAUCCGAUUCACCAAGGAUUAUCAAUGUUUCCUCUUCCAUGGGGCAGUUAAAGAAAAUACAAAAUGAAUGGGCUAAAGGAGUGCUAGGUGAUGCUGAAAGCCUUACAGAAGAAAGAGUGGAUGAGGUGUUGAAUGAAUUUUUGAAAGAUUUUAAAGAGGGUUCCUUGGAAACCAAAGGCUGGCCUGGUUAUGUCUCUGCCUAUACAGUUUCAAAAGCAGCUCUAAAUGCCUACACAAGAAUUGUGGCCAAAAAGUACCCAUCUUUUCGCAUUAACUGCGUCUGUCCUGGCUAUGUCAAAACAGAUAUAAAUCACAACCAAGGCUUCUUGACGAUUGAAGAAGGUGCUGAAAGUGUUGUAAGAUUAGCACUAUUGCCUAACGAUGGCCCUUCUGGCCUCUUCUUUCAUCGGAAUGAAGUUUCAACUUUUGAUUCACUCAUUCCUCUCCUCCAAUUGUCCAAUUCACCAUGGAUUGUUAAUGUCUCAUACUUCAUGGGGAAGUUGGAGAACAUACCAAAUGAAUGGGCUAAAAGAGUGCUGGGUGAUGCUGAAAACCUGACAGAAGAGAAAGUGGAUGAGACAGAUAUAAACUAUAACACUGGCUUCUUAACUAUUGACGAAGGUGCUCAAAGUGUUGUAAGUGUUGUUUACACUCAGGCUGAGUGCUUUCACUUAUCACACUCUCCCAACUUUCCAUCAUCAAUGGCAGAAGCAACAAAGAGGUAUGCAGUUGUGACAGGAUCAAAUAAGGGGAUUGGGUUUGGAAUAUGCAGGCAACUGGCCUCGAUUGGCGUCGUGACGGUGUUAACUGCUAGAGAUGAGAAAAGGGGCAUUGAAGCUGUUGAAAAACUCAAAGAAUCAGGGCUAUCUGAGUAUGUGGUAUUUCAUCAGCUUGAUGUGGCUGACCCUGUUAGUAUAGCUUCUCUCGCAGAUUUCAUCAAAACCAAAUAUGGGAAGCUUGAUAUAUUGGUCAACAAUGCAGGGAUUUCUGGAUGUAUAAUAGAUGGUGAUGCUUUUGCAGCUAUGGGAGGUGGUGCCACAAUCGAUUGGGAGAAAAUAACGACUCACACUUAUGAGUUGGCUGAAGAUUGCGUGAGGACAAACUACUAUGGCUGCAGAAGAAUGGUUGAAGCACUUGUUCCCCUCCUUCAUUUGUCCAAUUCACCAAGGAUUGUUAAUGUUUCUUCUUUCUGGGGGAAGCUACAGAACAUAUCAAAUGAAUGGGCUAAAGGAGUGUUUGGUGAUGCUGAAAGCCUGUCAGAAGAAAGAGUGGAUGAGGUAUUGAGUGAAUUUCUGAAAGAUUUUAAAGAGGGUUCCUUGGAAACGAAAUGCUGGCCUAGUUUUUUGCCUGCCUACAAAGUUUCAAAAGCGGCUCUAAAUGCUUAUACAAGAAUCGUGGCCAAGAAAUAUCCAUAUUUCCAUGUCAAUUGCGUUUGUCCUGGCAAUGUCAAGACAGAUAUAAACCUCAACACUGGCUUAUUGACUAGUGAUGAAGGUGCUGAAAGUGCUGUAAAGCUAGCGCUGCUGCCCAACGAUGGUCCUUCUGGCGUAUUCUUUGAACAAAACAAAGUGUCAACUUUUGAUUAAAGAUCGUACAUUUUAUUAGUUUCUCGUUAAGAGAAUAAAUACCACAUGGAUACCUAAAU